GAAAUAGGAGCCGUCAAUUUUAGCUUUAAAAUUGGUGCCGUUUUCCACAAUGGAAAAUUUGUUGACACGGAUGAAUUUUGAGUUUAACGACUAAUAUUGCGCGCAUUUCCUGAUUCCAAGCUCUCGAGGACAACCCGUUCCGGCUGAGAAUACCUUUUUUCGCCGCUGCGACCGGAUCCCGAAGAUGGAGACGGCAUCGCGGGACGACGACCACGCCGAGCCUACCUUCACGACGGAGAAGGACAGUCCUGCCAUGUUUGAUGACCCGAACCUGCCCCCUGGAUGGUACCGGAAGGUGACACAACGCCAGGCUGGCCGCUCGGCUGGAAAGUUUGACGUCUACAUCUUCAGCCCCGAGGGAAAGAAGUUCCGGUCGCGCAACGAGCUGCAGGCCCACCUGGAGAAGGUCGGCAGCCCACUACCCCUGUCGAACUUUGACUUCACCGUCAAGGGACUGACCAAGGGGCAGAUAUCUGCCCCGGUCACCCCAAAGGCUACUCCCAAAACCACCCUGGCUACCAAAAAACAGGCGACGGCUAAAAAGGAUGUCACUGCCAAGAGGGACACCAUGGCCAAAAAGGACACGACUGCCAAAAAGGACGCGACUGCGAAAAAGGAUGCAGCGGCCAGAAAGGAGGUCACGGCUAAGAAGGACGUCAAGCGGCCGUCUACCGUCAAGAAGGCUGCGGCGGCGGCCCCCAAGACACCGUCCGGUCAGCGUCAUGGUCGUAAGUUGGUCGUGCGUCUCAACUUCACUUCUCCGAAAAAGCGCAUUCUCAAAAACUAUUCGGAGAACAAAAGCGAGAGGGAAGGUGACAAAGCAGCUUUGCCGCGGAGCGAGGAGGAGGAGGAGCCGGAAAAGGUGACCGUCGAAGCCCCCAAGGUGGAGGCGCCUAAGAGCACGGAGAAAGAGAAUGCAGCCACCAAGAAGGAGGCGGCGGCCACCGAGAAGGAGGAGCUUCCCGGCAAAAAGGAGGCGGCGGCCAAGGCAGAAGGGGGGCGUAGCCGGAAACGCAAGUUGGUCGAGGUGGAGGACCUUCUCUUCAAAGAGUUCGACCGGUUGGAGCGGAAGCCGGCGGGCAAGGGGAAAGUGGGAGGGGCCGAAAAGAAGGCGACACCGAAGGAGGAGGUGGAGCAAAAGGAAAAGGCGGACUCGAAGAAGUCACAUCAGAAAGAGAAAGCGGAGCUGAAGAAAGCGGAGCAGAAGGAGGCCGAGCAGAAGAAGGGCGAGAAAAAGAAGAAAGUGGAGCAAAACAAGGCGGUACAAAAGGAAAGGGUAGACCAGAAGAAAGCUGAGCAAAAGCAGAAGACGGAGCAGAGAAAAGAGAAGGUGGAGCCGAAAGGGGCAGGGCAAAAGGAGAAGGUGAGGAACAAGAAAAAGAAGGUGGAGCCUAAAGAUGACGCAGAGCCGCAGUCUAAAGAGGAGGCUGAACGUCCCGAGCAAUCGGGGACGGUCUCGAACCAACGAGCGGAAACGGCGGUCGAUGCCGAACUUGUGGAUGCCCCGCCCGCCUCCGAGGCAACGGACGCAAAGAAGGAUAAGACCAAGAUCGCCACGGAAAAAGGCACGGCACAGAAGGUCGUAAGGGAAAAAAGUAAAAGGCAGGCAAUCAGAAAGGCUAAAGAGGAAGAAAGGCUUUUACAAGCCUCCGCUGCCGAAAUGGAGGAGGCCGCGGCCACCGCAAGAGUGCCGGAAGUGCCUGGCGAGGCAUCGCCGACUGAACCCUCCCAGGCAGAGGAGGAGGACCCAGCACACGGCGAGAACCAGGUGGCGGACGAAGAAGCACCCGUGGAAGACCCCGUUGCAGCGAAGGAAGCCACCGCAGAAGCGGCGUUCGAGGAGGACAGGUUGCCGACGCCCCCGCCGGAGCAACCGCGGCCCCACAGCACACUCUACGAACUCUUUCCGCACAUGAUCGAACACAGCUACACCAAGAAUCCUGAAGAAGAAGAGAUUGACCUCUCACGGAGACGACAGCAGCUUCAACAGCAGCAGCCUCAGCACGGAGGUGCCCAGACGCGGAAGCGCAGCCGCUCCGCGACGCACGACGUCGCCGCGGGUGGCGCCACAAGCCCCGAGCCUCCUGCGCAGAGGCGCCGACGAAGAACCAGUCGCCCGAGUGAGAACUGUGACUCUGCGGAGGAUGGUCUGUUAGCGACUGCAACCAGCUGAGCGCGCCAACGGUUGGAGCGUUUUGUCCCGUUGUCGUAUUUUGCUGGUUUGCACGUGCAGCGCGGUCGCCGCGCAUGGGCCCUCUCGUUCCCUUUUUUUGGCACGCAGGGUUUGCUUUUUUCUUGCGUUUUUAACGAAAACUGCAACUGGAAUGUGACCUUAUCCCGAUCUCUGUUGUUCAUGGCGACGGUUUUUUGCGUUUCUGCAGUGGCGGCGGCCAGUUCAUUCGCUACUAACUUGGGUCACUCACGGGAACGACAACCUGCUAAAGUAAUCGUGACGAUUCCCCUCCAACUCUGCGGGUGUGGUGCACCGGUCUUGGCACGAAGCUUUCAAUAUGACGCAUUGCAUUUAAAGGCUGACUUAAACGGGUUUCAGCUUCUGCAAGUGAACCCAAUACGAUUGAAAACUGAUUGUUAGACUAUGUUGUAUGAUUUCGAGCGGUGCAAGUAUUGAAAGCACACUAAAGGGACUUCUGAUUUUGUCUUUUUAUGGCUCCAACAUAAUCUACAGAUGGGAGUACUUUGUGAAUUUUUAGAUUGAGGGGUAGUUAAACCAUGUGAGAGCCAUAAAGAGAUGAAGUUGUAAUCUGCUUUAGUAAACCUUUAGGCCCCCUCCCUUCCCUCCCAGGUAAAAAAAAAAAAAAAAAUGUCCCUUCGAAGAUGUACCGUUCGAAAACUGCAAAUUUCUUGAAUUUCGUUGGAAAGAUCCUCGGCACACGAUGCGAGCGGCCUGCGUCAGAGCUCUCGCAAUCAUCCGUUCACAUUUUACGAUUCGAGGCAUAGUUUUCCACAUGACCAGCAGUGUCUCGGAAAAACGAGUGCGGGGGCAGUCUGUCGAAGAGGUGCUGGCAAUGCUUUCUCCAUUUCCGGUCAACCGUCGGGACUGGUUGCACUUGAGUUUUUUUAAAGAUGCUGCACAUGUGCGAUUCAUUGCUCCAGCUUGAUUCGUACAUUGUACACUUGAUUGCUUAGAACCCCUAAUGUGCUGUCUGGGUGGAACAGUUAGCCACUUGACGCGGCGGCACCCGUUACAUUUUCGAACUGGUUUUGUCCGGCUAUAUUUUUACAGUAGGCAGCCUCCAGUUGGAUAUUGAGCAAGUGCCACGUCUGGCUCAUUCAUCCGACAUCUUUGUGUUGCUCGUGCUGUCGGAGAGACAGAUUUUAGAAGCUUCACGGUUUAUGCGAAGGUUGCGCAGCCAAUCUUGUUUAACCGGUGCUGAAUGUCCGAAUAAGCCGAAAUGGUGUGGAGUUGGCUUUUACCCGAGUCAAGCGAGACGUGCCCUCGGAAGGUUCCAAACCUUCGGUGUGCCUCGGACCCUUCAUUUUUUAAUAAAGAGCUCGUUUUUAUAAGUUGAUGCCCGAAUCCAAAUGCCUUUGAUGAUGGGUACGCCGGAAGGUCGUGCGCAUGUCUGCAAAAACUAUUUAAAAAAAAUGGUGGAAGACGCCGCUGUACAAAGGUGUACAUAGCAUAACCAUUGAGCAUGUGCUGCGUGCAUAGUCGCCAUUGCCCGCCCCCCUUCAUCUCACUGGUUGUAUAAUAGCGCUCGCAGUUAGUUGCACCUUCCGAGAAUUGCGCUCUUCUCGAAUCAAGACUGCAGUGUACAAAGCUGUCGUGCAUGUUCGCUUCUUUUUUUAACCCAUCUCGAAAGCGUGUUGACGGCAUCUGUCCGGGACGCGCGGAAGAGCGGAUAGAUUUUUUGUUUGGUUCCUGUUCCACUCUGCUCGAGUUUCGGGCGAGCCCGUUUGCUAUCCUGUCGUCAUUCUCUGCCCCUCUCUAUCUGCCUGUCCCACAUGUAUACCUCACCAUCAUCCUUCGACAAUAAAGCUCGCCAUUAUCACA